CCAUGUUCCAUUCCUCCUCCCCCGCACUCUUGAGUGACACUCCGCGUAUCCAAUCUCCGAGCUCUAGGGGGGCCGGGACCAGUGGGGCGACCAAUAGUUCGGCGGGGGGCGCAUUAGGGGCGGGACUGGGGAGGGGGCGCCUGGGACCGCAGGAGGGGAGGGGAGGGGAGGAGAGGGGGCGGGGCCCGGGCCGCAGCUUCUGCAGUGGCGGCGGCGGCAGCGGCGGCGGAGGCGGCGGAGGCGGUGUGGUGGUGGCGGCGGCGGCAGCCAUGGAUCGGGGGCUGCAGAGAUCCAGGUCCAACACAGAACUUCGGAAGGAGAAGUCUCGAGAUGCAGCCCGGAGCCGCCGGAGCCAGGAGACUGAGGUGCUCUACCAGCUGGCCCACACUCUGCCCUUUGCUCGGGGGGUCAGCGCCCAUCUGGACAAGGCUUCCAUCAUGCGCCUCACCAUCAGCUACCUUCGAAUGCACCGUCUGUGUGCAGCAGGGGACUGGAGUGAAGUUUCAGCAGCGGGUGCGGGGUCUGGGGAGCCACUGGAUGCGUGCUACCUGAAGGCCCUGGACGGCUUUGUCAUGGUGCUGACGGCCGAGGGGGACAUGGCCUAUCUGUCUGAGAAUGUCAGCAAGCACUUGGGGCUGAGCCAGCUGGAGCUUAUCGGACACAGCGUCUUCGAUUUUGUCCAUCCCUGUGACCAAGAGGAACUUCAAGAUGUCUUGACCCCCCGACAGGGCCUGUCCAAGAAAAAAAUGGAGGCUCCCACGGAGCGGAGCUUCUCCCUCCGCAUGAAGAGCACACUCACCAGCCGGGGGCGGACCCUCAACCUCAAAGCUGCUACCUGGAAGGUUCUGCACUGUACGGGGCACAUGCGUGCCUACUCCCCACCUUCGGAGUCCUCUGCGGGUGGGGCGCCCGGGCCCGAGCCACCCCUGCGCUGCCUGGUUCUGAUCUGCGAGGCCAUCCCCCACCCCAGCAGCCUGGAGCCACCCCUGGGCCGAGGGGCCUUCCUCAGCCGCCACACCCUGGACAUGAAGUUUACCUACUGUGAUGAGAGGAUCUCCGAGGUGGCCGGAUACUGCCCGGACGAUCUGAUUGGCUGCUCGGCCUACGAGUACAUCCAUGCCCUGGAUUCUGAUGCCGUCAGCAAGAGCAUCCACACCCUGCUCAGCAAGGGCCAGGCCGUGACCGGGCAGUACCGCUUCCUGGCCCGCAAUGGAGGCUACCUCUGGACCCAGACCCAGGCCACGGUGAUCUCAGGGGGCCGAGGGCCCCAGCCCGAGAGCGUCGUCUGUGUCCACUUCGUGCUGAGCCGGGUGGAGGAGACUGGGGUGGUUCUGUCCCUGGAGCAGACGGAGCAGCCCACGCGCCGGCCCCCUCGCCCCGCUGAACGGGGGCCCCCCUCGGAGAAGAGCCCCCAGGGCCCCGGAGACGGCUUUGAUACCCCAGGCCCCAGGAUCCUUGCCUUCCUGAAGCCCCCAGCUCUGAGCGAGGCUACUCUGGCUGCUGACCCUCGCCGCUUCUGCAGCCCAGACCUUCGCCGCCUCCUGGCCCCCAUCCUGGAUGGGGCCGCCCCCGCCCCUGCCGCCGCCGCCCCUGUCACUGCCGCCGCCGCCGUCCCCAGCGGACCCUCCGCCAAAGAGCGUCCUCGAAGCCCUCCGCCGGCCGAUCUCCCAAAUGACCUCCUUCUGGAAAUGGAGAACGUACACAAAAUGUUUGGAUUUGGGAAGACCCUGGAAGCGGUGGAAACUCUGGAUGUAGAGCAGGACAUCGAGGCACUGGAGUUAGAGAUGCUGGCCCCCUACAUCUCCAUGGAUGAUGACUUCCAGCUCAAUACCAGCGAUCAGCCCUCCAGGGCCUUUCGGCGGCGUCCAGGAGCCACCCCACGCCCUCGCGCCCGCAGUUUCCAUGGCCUGUCUCCCCGACCCCCGGAAACUCUUCCUUUGCUCCGGUGGGGCAGCGACCCCCGGCUGAGCCAGAGGACCUGCCCCACAGAAGGGGACUCCACAGACACAAGCUCCCAGGCGGGAGCUCGGAAGAGGGCCCUGCCCCAGAGCUUGGAGGAAGACAGCGGGACGGAGGCCCUGGGAGUGAAGCCCCCCAAGCGUUCCCCCAGCCCGACGACUGACCACUUCCUGCUGCCACCCCUCAGCCUGAGUUUUCUCCUAAGUGGUGAGAGCACCCCUGGGACCCAAUCGGAUCCUGAUACCAGGCUCCUGGACCUCGAAGAGCCCAUGGCCCUAGGCUCCUCCUCCCUGCUCUCUUUCUACGAGGAUGAAGAUACGGCUCAGCCCAGGGGUCACUUCCAGCUGGAGGAGACCUUGUCUCAGGAGCUCACCCCUGGCACCUGAGGCGUGCUCUCGUCUGUUCCCCCCUCCAUCCCCUCCCUCCCCAUUUCCCCCUUUCUCCCUCCCCUCACACCCAGGACCUCAGCCACACUCCAAGCCCGCAGCUUACGCACAGGAUAGAAGGGUCAGGGGCCGGGGAGAGGGAUGCGUACCCCUCCUUGCCCCCCCCUUCCCACACCGGGCCCUACCUCACUGUCCCCAAGCACCCUAGCCCUCUGCAACUCAGGGGAUAUGGGUGGCUCAGGGAGAGCCAACUAAACCUCAGCUGGGAAGGGGGGGAGUCCCAUUUCGUUCCCACUGGUCCCCAACCUUCUCCAAGGGGGCAGGGACCUCCCCUCUCCCCUCUUGCUCCCUUCUCAGGACCUCUUGGUGCUCAUUUAUUUACACAGUUACCUCACCCAUAUUUUUAGGGGUUUACUUUAUAAAUGGGGGUUUUCAGGGCGGGGGGUGGGGGAGGGCUAAGGACCUUUUCUACAGCAUGCUUUAUUUUUAACUCUGGGGUACACAUAACCACCUUAUUGAUGAGAAAAUCUUCCCUUUUUGUGAUAAAUGAUCUCUCUUUGAAAUUGUGAUAAUCUAAAGGUACGGGGAGGGGGUGGGGAAGAGCUGAACCCCCUACCCUCCGGUUUCAUUGGGGGCCCUUUUACCCAGACCUCCCCUCUCCCCCGUCCCUCGUGGUACACUUCAUCUCUUCAGAUCUCUACCUCCUCAGUGCCUCUCGUUCUGGACCCUACUCCAGACAACCAGGCACGUGGGUAAAUCCUGGGCCAGUCAUCAGCCAGCCUGGCCUCUGGCCCCAGCCCUGGCUCUUGUCUGACUUGAUCCGAUCUCCCUUGCCUUUUCUGUGCCUCAGUUUCCCCCAAUUGGGCUUAACAGUCAAUCGGGACCCUUCCAGCUCUGGCCCUUUGUGGGUCUGUGAGGAGACACCCCUCUGUCCUCACUCCACAUAAUCAGAAGAGGUCAGAGAUGGCAGGGUUGGGGAGAGACUUAGAAGUGAGAGAUGGGAUUUUGAGAGCAUCUCCUGCUCCCGUCCUCAUUUGCACGAGGGAUGGGAUGCCCGGAGAGGGGAGGGGAUUUGCCAUACAGCGAGUCACAGAAGCACAAAAAGAACUCUCAUUUAGGAUCAAUGGAAACAGGCCGGAGUGGGAGACAGACUUGCUCCCAAAGCCGGGACUUAAUGUUGGCUUUGCCCCCUCCUGGCUGCAGACUCCCCACCUCCGUCUCUCCCCACUUUUGUCUGCUGCCCCAGCCCCAGGAAAGGCGCGGACUUUGAGGCACUCCCCUGGGGCCAAGCCCCAAUUCCAGGCCGCCCAGUCACACGCACAUCUCCAGCUGCAGGUCUCCAGGCCGAGACAAGCUUGGGGAGUGGGGUCCAGGACACCCCUCCCUCUCUCCCGCCUCCCGGAGACCCGCCUCUCAUCCCUGUCCCCUCUCCCCUCUUUGCACGAUGGUGCUGCCCUUCAGGUCUUCUCCCCAACAUGCACACACCAGACCUUCCCACCCUCCUCUUCCUGGGAGCUCCCUCCCCCCAAGCUGGGGGGUCGGGGAGUCUGACCAGAUGGUGCUAGGGGGGUGUGGGCUAAGGACUGGGGCUUUCUCCCAGCUCUCCUCAGGAGCUCAAUGGAGGGGACUGGGGAGGGGGAAGGGGAAUUGGGGGGGUCAUCUCUGUAACUACCACCCCCACCCCCAAU